AUGGCUGGACACAUCCCUGACCUCAAGGAGGACAGAGAAAUGCCUGAGGAGGAAGAGCUCUGUCCUGGAAGCGGAGAGCAAGGCCAGCAGAGUCAGGAGAUGGCAGAAAUGGUGGACCGUGGGACCCAGUCCCUGGACAGUGCCCCCCAGGAGCAGCAGAAGUUACCUACUGAUUCCGCUGACAUCCCACAACCUUUGAAAACAAGCGAUACCACCAAGGCCAAGAACAAGGGAUCCCAGGCGUCAACCCUGCAACUGUCGAAGGAGCCUGGCCGUGGCCAGCAGUGCUUCCGGAGCGUCUCCGUCAUGCAGGCUCAGCACGAGGGACUGGAUAGUGAUUUCCUGGCUGAGAUUGGCUUUGAAGAGCUCAGUGGAGUGGAGAUUGAGCUCAUGAGAAGGCAGAUGCAAGUCAUCACUGAGCGUCUCCAGGAGCUGGAGGGCCAAGGCCACAGCUGGCACUACAAGGAAACUGUGUUCUUCACCAUCCUGUUGUCGGCCUGCCUGGUCAACCUGUGGCUCUGGAUGCGGCACUGA